ACAAUAAAUUAAUUUUUAUAUCUCUUAUAAAAAAAAAAUAUCAGGUGCGAGUGAAUGUUUCCUUUAAUCUCUAUUAUUUUUAAGUUAAUAAAAAUCACAAAAUUAUUCGGGUUUUAUAUUUUCGGGUUAUACAUUUUUAGGAAGAUGAAUUUGUGACUGUCAAAGUUAAGGUUAGUCGUACUUCAAUAAUUGAUGGCUGUAUUGAGAUGAUCACGCUAAAUGGUAGACCUUUUAAAUCAAUAGAAGAUUCUGGCUUUAGAAAAGUUGCUGAUCCUCUUUUUAAAGCAAUUAAUUUUAUACCAAAUGCAGAAAUGAUUCGCGAAAACUUAAUUGCACGAGCUAUUUAUAUUCGGCAACUUAUUUCUAACGAGAUAAAGGAUAAUUUUUUUUGUUUAAAAAUAGAUUCGGCUACUCGCCAUGACCGAAAUAUACUAGGUAUUAAUGUACAGUACAUAAAAAAUUCAAAGAUAGUAAUACGCACUUUAGCUAUUACUGAAAUUGAUAGUAGUAAGUCUGUCGAUUUGAAAAAUAUAGUUCUUAAUGUACUGGAAAGGUAUAAUCUUAAGACUGAAAAAAUAUUUUCUAUUACAACGGAUAACGGAGCAAAUAUGCUGAAAACAGUUACAUUAUUAAAAUAUAUGGAAUGUGAUGUUGAAAUAAAUAAUCAAUUUUUAAUUGACAACGAGAGUAUAGAAAAAGAUCACGACGAUGUUGUUGUUGAGGAAGAGGAAGAAGAAGAUGACGAAUAUGAAGAGGAAGAAGAGAACGGAAGUGAAAAUAGUGUAGAAGAUGAUGAUUAUAAUGAUGUACUGAAUAUAGUGAAUGAUGAUUUAAAUAUAAUAGACUACAUCAUUGGAGGUACGAAUAUAUUAUCAGGUAUGCGUUGUGCAGCUCACACACUCCAAUUAUCAAUUUUAGAUGUCCUUAAAAAUAAUUGCAUUUUAAAAAUACUUUCUAAAGCUCGAUCUAUCGUCAAAAUUUUAAGAAGACCAAAUAUGCAGACAAGUUUAAAAAAUUUAAAAACAAAAAAACCACCAAUAGACUGUUUUACUAGAUGGGGAUCUACCUUUAAUAUGAUUGAAGGUCUUUUACAAUGCCAACAUUUUUGUGAACUUAUGGCACCACAAAAUAAAUUAAUAUUCAUGAAUAAUGAAAGUUGGAGUAAAUUGAAAGAUCUUUAUAGAGCUUUAGAGCCUGCAAAAAUAGCAUGUACAAAACUACAAAGUGAGGUAUUAACGCCAGGAGACACAAUAGCUAUUUGGAAAAAAUGUAUUCUUAAUACUAAAAAAAUAAAUAAUAAUUUAUCUAAUAAAAUUGUAGAAUGUAUGGAACACAGACAAAUUUUACUUUUUGAUAGUGAUUGUUUUUUAUCUGCGUUAUUAUUAGACACUAGGUAUAAUGUUUUAUUAACAAAUUUUGAAAUAAUACGGGCUAAAACUCAUUUGGUUAACCUCUGGAAAUUAAUAGAAAAUGAUAAUUUUACUUCAACAUCCCAAGUCUCAACACUUUCAGAAAGCUUUCAUAGUGAUUAUUUAGAAUUAGAACUUCGACAGUACGAAAAAAAUAAUACAAGGGAAGUACUAAACGAAAACCAAGCUUUAGAAGAUGAAAUUGAAAAAUUUCUUCAAAAACCUAGAGACAAACAGAAUGAAAGUAUAAUGGAUGUAUGGGAUAAAUAUAAAAUGAAAUAUCCUAAAUUGUAUAUAUUGUCUGUUAUAGUUUUAGCACUACCAACAACACAGGUGACGGUUGAACGCCUAUUUUCUAGCGUAAAAUUCAUUUUAUCAGAUCAAAGAGCACGUUUGAAUAAAAAUAUUCUCGAUGAUUUAAUGGUAGUUAGACAAUAUCAUUUAUUUAAUAAAAAGUAACUG